AUGCCACCGCGCUCCUCUGCAAACCGAGUCCGCAGUAGUCGUCGUCGAAAAAGAGAAUGCCGCAAAGGAUGCCGGACGGACGACGCCGGAGGACGCCGGGACGACGCCGGAGGACGCCGGGACGACGCCAGGACGACGCCGGACGACGCCGAAACGACGCCGAACGACGCCGAAACGACGCCGAACUACGCUGGACGCUAA